AUGCCAAAAGAUGAAGCUCACUUCACCUAUGGUUACACCAAGAAGGGGAAUGGACAUUCCUAUAUCACAGCUGAAGAAGCUGCAGGGAUUGGCAUUCUGACAGUGAUCCUGGGAAUUUUACUGCUCAUUGGCUGCUGGUAUUGUCGAAGACGAAGCGGAUACGGAACCUUGAAGGAUAAAAGUUUUCAUGCUAGUACUCGAAGUACCUUAACAGGAAGAUGUCCAUGUGAGGUGGCUGGUCACCAGGACAGAAAACUGCCUUUCCAAGAGAACAACUAUGAUUCUGUGAUUUCCAAUGCUCCACCUGCUUAUGAGAAAGUCUCUGCAGAACUGUCACCACCACCUUAUUCACUGUGA